AUGCCUGCCUGCCCUUUUAUACUACAGGUGUGUCAGUCGAAUAUUCAUAAACACCUAAACAGCAAUAGAUCUCGCGUACUGUUGUCUUGCUUCCGUCAAACGGCCUUCGUCUCUGUUGAUGGCCUCCCACUUUGGCUCAUCUUUGAAAAGACGCAAUGCCGUGACAUUCUUCAAACGGCUCGAAAGCGUAAAGCGGUGGUAGAUCCCGGCAGGCAAAAUCAACAAGUCGUUCUUGGUCAACUUGGCCCGGAUCCAACGGUCGCCCCGAUCCCUCACAUCAAAGUAGCCUUCGCCGUCAACAAUGUACCGAAUCUCUUCGUCUUCGUGAUAGUGUUCUUUGUAGAACUGGCGCAUCUUAGCAUCGUACGCCUCUUUGUCGCCACCAAAAGAUUCCAAGUUGAGCUUGACCUGGUCCCGGUUCUUGUAGUCUCUUUCCUUGGCCAAGGCUUCUAG